AUGGCCAACGGGACGCAGUACAACAGGGCAUACUACUUAGCCGAUGGGAUAUACCCUCGUUGGCCCGUGUUUGUCAAGACGAUCCGACAGCCGGUUGGGCCGAAACAAUCCUAUUUUGCGGCCAAACAAGAGAGUGCUAGGAAGGAUGUUGAGCGUGCUUUUGGUGUCCUCCAAGCGCGAUGGGCCAUUCUACGGUGCCCGGUUCGACAAUGGCACGAAAAUGAUGUCGCCUCCAUCAUGUAUGCAUGUAUCAUAUUGCACAAUAUGAUAAUAGAGGACGAAGGAUAUUCUGCAGAGAACUGGGCACCGGAAGAGGGUGCAAUGGUUGUUGUUCCUGAUUGCUCUUCAGAUUUGAAGCCUGUGGUUGGGCAGAAGUUCAAAUCAUUAGAUUUUGGUUUCGCGUUCUAUGACGUGUAUGCACGUGCUGUUGGUUUUGAUACGCGUAAAUCACAAAUGAGGAAAAUAGAUGGUGUUACUACUUGGUAUAGUGUGGUAUGCAAUAGGGAAGGCAGCAAGAAGUCGAGCGAGGAUGACCAAGCGAAUGCACGGUCUGGUUUUUCGAUCAAGCGCCGACGGUUAUCCAAGCGGUGUGGAUGUAAAGCGAGGAUAUCUUUCAAGUUCUUCUCCGAAGGAGGAGUUCCAGGUUAUUUUAUCGAGGAGUUCACCGAGGUUCAUAACCAUUAUAUGGUUGAGUCAGAGCAUCGGCAUUUUAUGUCACUCAAUCGAAACUUGGAGGACGUACAUCACCAAUUUAUUUUGGAUUGUUCGAAGGCUAAUAUAGGCCCCACACUUACGUUCAGUGUUUUGAAGGAAAUACUUGGUGGUUUUCAGCUAGUUGGUUGCAACGUUGGGGACAUCGGGAAUGCUUCUCGAGACAUCAAAGCAUACGCACAUGGUAUUGACGUGCAAAUGGUUUUGGAUGAUAUGGCUAAGAAGAAGGAGAUGUCCGAGGCAUUCACAUACGAGUACGAGGUUAAUGCUAGUAACCAAUUGGUUGCUCUGUUUUGGUGUGAUGGUUUGAUGAAGAGGAAUUACCAUAUGUUUGGUGAUAUAGUCGCUUUUGACACCACCUAUAACACCAAUAGGUAUUGUAUGAUCUUCGCGCCAUUCACGGGAAAGGACAAUCAUGGUCGACCAGUAACUUUCGCUGCUGGUUUGGUAAGCAGCGAGAAGACAGGCGCUUUUGCAUGGUUGUUUAGAAAUUUUGUCCAGUGCAUGAGGGUUGCUCCGAAGAUGAUCAUUAUAGAUCAAGAUUUGGGCAUGAGGUCGGCUAUUGAAGAGAUUCUUGUCGGGACACGCCACAGAUGGUGUAUGUGGCAUAUCAUGCAUAAGUUGGCCAAUAAAGUUCCUGGUCGGUUGUUGCGGGACGAAGAUUUCAAGAAAGAGUUCAAUGCCUGCGUCUGGUCGGAUCUGCUUGAACCCGACGAGUUCGAAGAAGAGUGGAACGGAGUACUUGAACGUUACGGCCUGGAAGACCAUGGUUGGUUGAAGACAUUGUACGACUACAGGCAAUUAUGGAUACCUGCAUACUUCAGAGAUUUCCCACUUGGGUCGAUGAUUAGGACCACCUCGAUAUCUGAGUCGGAGAACAGCUUCUACAAAAACUUUUUGAAGCCACGCAACAAUAUUGCCGAAUUCUACUUGAAUUUCAACCAAGCUUUGGAAUUUCAGCGGGAUAGUAGAACAAAGUUGGACUACCAAGACGCUAAUGCCUUGCCUAUAUUGGCCACUACCUUGCCGUUUGAGAAACAUGCUUCAACGAUGUACACAGAUAGUAUGUUCAAGAAAAUACAAGAGGAAAUUGUUGAGGGUAAUGACAGAUGCCGCGUGUUGGGGUUCUCCUCUGCAGACCUGGUCGACACCUACAAACUUGGGGACAGCCUUCGCAAUUCUUACUUUGUUAGACAUGAUAAGAGUGACGCGUCAUACUCUUGCGAUUGCAAACUUUUCGGUAGGCAGGGAUAUCUGUGCAGUCAUAUCUUCUUUUUGUUCAGGAACAAUGAAGUGAAAAAGAUUCCGGAUCAAUACUGCGCAAGUAGAUGGAUGAAGACUCCGUUAGCCAAGGCUGUCCAUGGUCAGUUUGAUGACACUCUACCUACCAAGUCCAUCGUUGAUGAAAAGCAAAACGUUUCAAAGCAAGGGAUCUCACUGUUCUAUGGUUUUCUUCGUCGAUUUGAGACGGACAUUGAUGUGCUUCGUGCAUUCGUAGGUGGACUGGAGGAACUUGGUAAUUCACUUCAAGCUGGAACUCCUACAACAUCCGCCUCUGAGAAGAGGCGAAUGAUUGAACAGUUUUAUGGAAUGGAAAGGCCGGAAGUCGUUGAGGUCCAUCCUCCGGAUGUUGUAAAGACAAAGGGCCACGCGAGCAGUUCCGCAAGCCGUCUGAUUUCCAAGAGAGAAAAAGCUAUCAAGGACGCUACUAGGCCCCUUAGACGGUGUAAGGCAUGCGAUGAGUUGGGCCAUCACGACUCCAGAAAUUGUCCAAUGCUUAAAGAGCUGGAAAAAGAGAAGGAGCAGCAUAAGGGAAAGAGGAAAUGUUGA